CGAGGGGAAGAACCCAACCGCUGCAUAAUGGACAGAAAGAAAGAAACAGCCAAGAACCUCCAAUGCCCUUUCACUCAAAACCGUACCCUGUUUUAACCCCACCACUUCUGCCUUCCCCCUCAUUUCACGCGUUGAAAACCAUCCCAUGCAUCCCAUACAUCAUCAUCAUCAUCAUCCAUCAUCCAUCAUCCACCAUCUAUCAUCAUCAUAAGCAUCAGCAUUCAAACUGUACCAUGCUAGCUUCUCCCCCCUCUAUAAAUACUCCACUCUCUCUGCCCCUUUAUUUCCUCCUAUUUCCUCUCAUCAACAAAAGCAGAAACCAUAACGGAUAUUGACUCACUAUGGGAGAGAAGAAGAAUGGAAACAAGAAAGGAGGAGAUGCAGAGAAGAAGGAAAAGGGUUCGGUUGUUCUGAAAGUGGAUUGUCUUUGUGACGGUUGUGCCGAAAAAAUCACCAAACAUAUUCGUGGAUUUGAAGGGGUGGAGACAGUGAAAGCAGAUAGCAGCUCAAACAAAGUGACAGUGGUUGGAGCUGUGGAUCCGGCGGCCAUUAAAGAGAAACUCGAGAAGAAAACCAAGAAGAAAGUUGACCUCAUUUCUCCUCAGCCGAAGAAAGAUGAUAACAAAGAAGAGAAGAAAGAGAAAAAAGCUGACAAAGAGAAAAACCCAGAUUCCAAUAAUAAACAAGAGAAGAAAACCAAAGAGGCCCCUGUAACGACGGCGGAUUUGAAGGUGCAAAUGAAAUGCCAGUGCCAGGGAUGCAGAGAUAAGGUUAACAAGAUUGUCGCUGAAACCAAAGGGGUGCAAGAGUCGAAGAUAGAUAAGCAGAAGGGGCUGGUGACAGUAAAGGGGACUAUGGAUGUUAAGGCCCUGGCUGAGGCUUUGAAGGGCAAACUCAAGAAGAAUGUUGAGAUUGUGCCGCCUAAGAAAGAGAAAGAUGGCAACAAGGAGGGUGGCGAGAAGGGUGAUGGCGGCGGGAAGAACAAAACCAACAACAACAAAGGUGGCAAUGGUGGUGGAGAUGGUGAUGGUGGUCCUAAGAUGGAACAGAGCAGAAUGGAGUUUAUAAUUCAACCCGAAUCGGGAUACAUGCCUGGUUACCCUGGACACAUGGCCGGUUAUCCUGGAUACGGGUAUGGAUACGGGCACCCGCACCCUUACCCCCUCCAGCACGGGCAUGGUUAUCCCGGGUACGUGCCGGGCUACCCGGUCUCUGUUCAUCCACCACACCAGAUGUUUAAUGAUGAGAAUCCUAAUGCUUGUACCAUUUUGUGAGGAGGAAUGGGGGGUUCAUGGUAUACUAGUGUCUUUAGGUUAUGGUAAAUGGAAAAGUGUAAAUAAGAAACAGAGAAUAAGAGACAGGGAAAAAAAAUUUUGAGUUUAAACUUGGAGCUCCCACCAAAGUCUGUUUGGGUUUUUUUAUAUAUAUUUGGAUUCUAGUGUUUUGAUCUUUUGUUUUCUUGUUAAAAAGAAGUUUGAAUGUUUGGCAUUUUUAAUGUGAUUAGUGGUAUUUUGCUAUGUGGUGCUUA